AUGCCUGGAUAUGCUGAGUUUAUGAUGGAUAUGGUGAAAAAGGAGAGGUCAGUUACAAGGUCUCAUGUGCAAAAGAAGUAUGAUCCAGGUGCCUUCACUAUUCUAUGUAAUAUAGGGUUUCUACACUUUGCGAAGGCACUGUGUGAUCUUGGUGCGAGCAUAAAUCUUAUGCCAUUGUCUAGUUAUAAGAAUUUAGGCUUGGGACACCCAAAGACUACCGUGAUGCGGUUACUGAUAGUCGAUCGAACUUUGAAGAGGCCAUUAGACCUAGUCCUUGAUGUGUUUGUGAAACUGGAGUCGUUUAUCUUUCCUAACGACUUUGUGAUUCAUGACCGUGAGGUUGAUUUUGAGGUCCCCUUUAUCCUAAGGAGACAAUUCCCUGCCACUGGGAACUUUAGUCGAUAUGGAAAAAGCUAUAAUGAUUUUGUGGCCGCACUUAAAACAAGUGAAUAUCGGUCAAAGCUGAAGAAGUUGGAGUUUUACAUGAUGCAUCACGAGUCUCCACCUGUGAGACCAUCUAUUGUGGAGGCAUCGAAAUUAGAGCUUCAGGAUCUACCACCGCAUUUGAGGUAUGUGUUUUUGGGUAGAGAUGACACCUUGCUGGUGAUUAUUGCAGCAUAUUUAAAUGGGAAACAAGUAGAGUACUUAGUGGUGGUAUUAAAGAGGUGCAAGUGA